UAUUAUCGUAUUUCUCCAAUUUUAUUUCGUGUAAAGCUAUUUGAAAUUACAUCAGCUGUGACCGCCAACAGUGCCGUAAUAUUAGAAAUUGGGGCCUGGAAUUCCAGAAGUUCAAGUAAAAGGCAUUGAAGCCGUGUAUUCAUCCACCGUUAAAAUAGAAGACAUCGCUAAUGCAGUGCAUUUCGCGUAACCUAUAUUUUCUUUGCAGAGUUACUGCACGAGGUGUAUGUAAGAAUAUUGUAAUUUAUAAGCAACCUCUUCGAAAGUUUACUGCUUCUACUAGGUUAGCCGAUUUCAACAAGUGGGGUACCAACAAACAGCACAGGAAAGUAAAAAUACAAAUUGUUCAAGAUAUGUCUGAUCCAAAAAUUGAAGAAAUUCUGUCUCCUCUUCGAGCUAGUGUUAAAGAACAGGGUGAUUAUGUUCGGAAACUUAAAUCUGAUGGAGCUCCAGAGUUGGAUGUCAAGAAAGCAGUCGCUGAACUUAAACUUCGUAAGAAGUUAUUGGAAGAAAAAGAAUUAUCUCUUUCAGAAACAGUUACAUUCGAUAGAGCAAGAAUGGAAGAUCUUUUAAAACGUAGAUUUUUCUUAGACCAGUCUUUUGCAAUUUAUGGUGGAAUUACUGGUCAAUUUGAUUUUGGCCCUAUGGGUUGUGCAUUUAAGACAAAUUUGUUAAAUAAUUGGAGAAAUUUCUUUGUGCUAGAAGAGCAAAUGCUUGAAGUUGAUUGUUCAAUUCUAACACCAGAACCAGUACUUAAAGCAUCUGGACAUGUUGAAAGAUUUGCAGACUUAAUGGUAAAAGAUGUAAAGACUGGGGAAUGUUUUAGAUUAGACCAUUUAAUUAAAGCGCAUUUAGAAAAAGUUAUUAGUGAUAAAAAAACUGAUGAAAACAAGCGGGCUGAGUGCAAAGACAUUAUUAUUAAAUUAGAUGGUAUGACAAAAGAUGAAAUGGCUGCUGUUUUAUCAAAAUUCAAUAUGAAGUCUCCUGUUUCUGGGAAUGAUUUAACAGAACCAAUAGAAUUUAAUUUAAUGUUUGCUACUCAAAUUGGUCCUUCAGGUCUUGUAAAAGGAUACUUGAGGCCAGAAACUGCUCAAGGCAUUUUUGUAAACUUUAAGAGAUUACUUGCAUUUAAUCAAGAGAAGUUACCAUUCGCUGCAGCUCAGAUUGGAAAUGCAUUCCGUAAUGAAAUUUCUCCAAGAUCUGGAUUGAUAAGAGUGAGAGAAUUUACUAUGGCAGAAAUAGAACACUUUUGUGAUCCUAAUGACAAAAAUCAUCCCAAAUUUGAAACAGUUCAAGAUUUAAGUGUACUUUUAUACUCAGCUUGCAAUCAGAUGGAUGGAAAGAGUGCACAACAUAUUACAUUGGGUGAUGCUGUAUUAACAAAGCUUAUAGCUAAUGAGACAUUAGGAUAUUUUAUGGGUAGAAUUUAUCAAUUUUUAAUUAAGGUAGGAAUUGAUCCCAAAAGAUUACGUUUCCGUCAACACAUGGGAAAUGAGAUGGCUCAUUAUGCAUGUGAUUGUUGGGAUGCUGAAUGUUUAACUUCUUAUGGUUGGAUAGAAUGUGUUGGUUGCGCAGAUCGCUCUGCUUAUGAUUUAACACAACAUACUAAAGCUACUGGAGUUAAAUUAGUAGCAGAAAAAAAAUUAUCAGCACCAAAAAAUGUUGAUAUAUGUGAAAUAGUACCAAAUAAAGUUUUAAUUGGAAAAACGUUUAAGAAGGAAAGUAAACUAGUUCAGGAUGCUUUAGCAGCUUUAAGUAACAGUAAAAUUGAUGCUUUAGAGUCUGCUCUUAAUGAGGAUGGAGAACAAGAUUUGAAGCUUUCUAAUAAUACUGAAGUAAAGAUUACAAAGGAUAUGAUUCAAGUAAAACGAUAUCAAAAAACUGUACAUGUAGAAGAAAUAAUUCCAUCUGUAAUUGAACCGUCUUUCGGUAUAGGACGUAUUAUGUAUGCUGUCUUUGAACAUAACUUUAAAGCAAGGGAUGGGGAUGAAAAACGAACUUACUUUAGUUUGCCACCAGUUGUAGCGCCAUUAAAGUGUUCGGUGUUACCACUUAGUAAUAAUGAUGAAUUUACACCGUUCGUAAAACAGUUAUCUCAGAAUCUUACAAAAGUAGAUGUGUCUCACAAGAUAGAUGAUUCUUCUGGAAGUAUUGGACGUAGAUAUGCACGAACUGAUGAAAUUGCAAUACCGUUUGGAAUUACUAUAGAUUUUGAUACAUUGAAAACACCUCAUAGCGCAACAUUACGAGAAAGAGAUAGUAUGGAACAAGUUAGAAUAAAUUUGGAUGAACUUCCAAAUGUUGUACGAGAUCUAUCCUACGGUAAAAUUACGUGGGCUGAAGUGGAAGCAAAGUACCCGAAAUUUGAACAACAAGAGUCAACAGAACCAUAAUAUAUUUAUACAAUUUUUCGAAUAAUUUAUUUGUAAUAUAAAAGUACAAGUUAAUUGCUACAAUAGCAAUGAUUAAUUUGUCUUAUUAUACUUCGCAUUUUUUUAAGUA